AUAUGAUUAGGACACUGCCACAGUCGCGGUUGGCGUUCUGCGAUCAUAUAAAGAGAUCGGAGUACCUAGUAUAGGUUCAACCGAUGCCGGGGGCCCAAUGGAUGUUGAUGAUGUUGCUGGCUCCACCAGUGGCAGCAUCGAUCCUCGAGCUCAGGCGUCGCCAGGUGCUGCCGACACUGAGCAAGCGGCUGCUGCCAGCGAGACGACCGCUGCCGCCAGUCUAGCUUCGAUUCGCGAUAUGGGGAACUUUGCUGGUUCAGCCAGCAGCGUAGCACCCAUGACAAAUACAGUCUCAUGACCGUGGGAAGCAAUGGAUGCAGAGCCCGGGACGGGUGCGGCCGCUGGUUCAGCCAGCGGCCUACAUCCUAGUACCCAGGGCGCCACGUCUUCGUCGGCGGCCGCGCCGACCCUGGCAGCUGGUGGGCGUCUCCGUCGCGGACAGCCAGGCGAGCCGCCGCAGGCUCGCUGCGCGCUGCCUGACCCGCCGAUGGCACCAGCGCGGACGCAAAAGAGUCGCAGUCCUAAGUUGUUUGCCGCUCCGACGACACGCAGAGCAUGGGCUGAUAUUGCGCCUGACGAACUGGACGACAUGUGGCAAGCUGAGCCACCGUCGUUCGACACCGCAUCAGAGGCAUUAAUUUUAAUCCGACGAACCAGCGACGUGAUACAGAGAGAUUGCGACGCUGCAGGAGCCGGUUAAUUGGAUAUCACAAGGCAUUACUCAACAAGACAUGGUAAUUAAUCUUCUGAUCGCGAACAUUCACCUUUAUAUGUGAUUCAGUGCAUUGCUCAUGCGUGGGAUACGUCAUUCCAGUUCGGCCUUAUUCAAAGCGCUUCCGAUUGUAGUUGUUACCCCGCCCUGUGCGCUGUCAGAUUUAUUUAUUGGGAUUGGCGCCAGGGGGGGCAAAGUGCCGAGGGGUGACACGAAGCCGAGGAGCUCCGAAGUGAGCUGGACCUGGGCCUGCGUAUCCCGCCGCGGGGGGAGUUGUUAGAACUCUUUUUCCGCCGGUUCUGUGCCGCCGCCCGGCCGCUGCCGCUGCCGAUUUUGAGCGUAUCGGACUGCAGCUGUAUACAUAUUCGAGCAGGCACAGCGGGCCUGAACUGCAUGGAAAAGCGUGCGUACCGGGUCGUCGCCGUGUCGCCGUUUCUUUUAUUACUUGCGCAUAGCAUAUCCAUUACAGCUUAAUGGACACCACUGCCGUGACGUUGCGUGAUUUCCAG